AUGUUUGGCUUACAGCAGUCCACCCCGAAUGCGAAUUUUUUCUCGACACCAAAUAAUACCAGCCGAAGUACUGCAAAUUUUUCAUUCGGUGGUAGUAAUCAAAAUGCCGCAUUAACAUCAACACCACUUCAACCAACAUCAUUGUCAACGACAUUUUCACUGGCUGGACCAACUUCGAAUACGUUUGGUGCAACGACAGCGCCGACUACAAAUGGUUCAAUUCAUAAAUUUGAACCUGUCAGUGGAACAGAUAAAAUAACCAAAAAUAAUACACAGCAACAAAUUCGAACAAAAAUUUUUAACAUAUCAGCGAUGACAGUUUAUGAAAAAAAAUCAAUGGAAGAACUGCGAUUUGAAGAUUAUUCAGAUAAUCGAAAAUUUUCGAAUCUGUUACAACCGAUUCAAUCUAACAUUACAGGAGCAACACCAGCAUUUUCCACAUCGACCACAAAUUUGUUCAAUAGUAAUAGUGCACAACAGCCAACGUUGAAUUCAGCAUUGUUUAAUAAGCCAAACACAACGAGUGUUUUAACGGCAAAUGUACUUUUAUUCCAGCCAUUUUCGUUUAAUAAUCCAAUGUUGACCGCAACGACAACAAGUUCAUCUCCAUUUGGUUUGGGUAGUACGACAACGACCGCACCGUUCGGAUCGCCUCAAGCAUCAACAACUUCUGUGUUUGCAUUUGGCCAACCGUCUACAAGUACCGCUGCACCUUUGUUCGGUGGAACAAUAUCGACGCCGUCAAUCAAUCUUGGUUCAUCAGCUUUGAAUAGUAAUACAUCAGCAGCUCCAUCAACACUUGCGUUUAAUUUUUCAACACCAAAAACAGCUACCGCUACAGCCAGUACAUUUACAUUUAAUAGCGGGUUACCGCCAACUCAGCCGACGUUAAGUUUAUUUGCACAACCAACAACCUCUAACAUGUUUUCUCAACAACAACCAACAGUACCAUCGAUAUUUUCCACAAACACAGCACCAUCUACAAAUUCAUUAUUUUCUACCCAGUCACAACAACAGGUUGCCACGUCAGCCUAUACGAUGCAGCAGCAAACACCAUCACAGACACGAACGCAAAUUCAGUUAUUUCAGACGAUGCUCAAUGUACAGCCAUUCAAUAACGAACUCAAUUUUCUUGCAAAAACAAUCAAACCCAGUGUUAAUUUUGAUCGUAAUCGGAUUCGUACAGCACCGGAACAAGAACAAUCACAACAACAUGCACCAUUAUUUCCAUCAUUUCUCAAACCAAAUUCAACGCUUACUCCACAUAAUAAUAAUACAAAUACAAACACUACCUUUAACGGAUUGUCAUCGACUACUUUUAAUAGUAGUUCGAAUUUGACUUUUACAAUCGGCCAAAAGCGUAAACUAGCUGACACAUUUUUGGAUGAAAUAGACGAUGAUGCUACAUUUAAAGCUAAUGCCUCAUUGACAACACCCAAACGUCCUCGUGUUCUAGAUAUGAAUAAAAUUCGAACAGCUGUACUAGGUGGCGAUAAUACAAAUCAAGAACAACAAUCUAUAUCAGUGACAAACGGAUAUCAUUCAAAUAUUGAGCGUGCAACAACGACGAUCAAUAAUAAAAAUAAUGGAUUGGAUUUUAGUAAUUCAUUUAAUACAACACACUCAACAUCUUUAUCAGUAUCAAAUGGAUGGAAAAAAUUUGCCACUUAUGAUGAUUAUAUAGCAUCGAAACAAAAGCAGACACCACAUACAAAUGGCUACCAUCAUCAUUCACCACAUAGACUGAAUGAAGAAAUCAUUACAAACGGAGAUAGUAAUCAUCAUAACGGCACUCUUAAAAAUGGAGAAAAUGAUAGAGAAGACAGAAGAAAACAGCUUGAUAUUAUAUCGACAAGACCAGAUUAUACAUACGAAUCAUUAACCAACGAGUAUACAUAUGACGACGAAUAUAAACGAUAUCGUAUUAAAAACUUGAAAAUAACAAGAAAAAAUUAUGGUUCGAUUGAAUUUCCUGGUUGGACAGAUGUCACACAAUUGAAUUUAGAUGAGACAGUUACUAUCGGUUGGAAAGAAAUUUGUGCUUAUCCGUAUGAAGAUAAUAAGCCCGAAGUUGGACUGGGUUUAAAUAAACCAGCUAUUGUAGUUUUGUAUCGUGUUUAUCCAUCUUGUGGGCAACGGUCUAUAGAUGGCACGACAAAUCAGCUGAUAACAGAUCCCGAUAAAUUAUUGUCAAUCGAUUAUCCAACAAUUAUCAAAGAACAAACGCAGAAAAUGAACGUCAAAUUUAUCGACUACGAUAUUUAUUCCGGAACGUGGACAUUUCAAGUACCGCACUUUUGA